AUGUGGGACGUUGUACAGAAGCCUGGGAUAGGUGCUACUGCUUCUGCUGUCGCCGGUGCUAGCGGUGAUGGUGAUGGGAGGCACCAAGGGGACGCAGCAGCAGCUCAGGCACGAUCGGAAGGGUUUGAUGCAGGUGGUAACAAGCGGAUGUUGGAGGAGCAGCGGGCGGCAGGGUGGGCGGCAGUGUGGGUGGCGGCAGUCAAGAUUGCCAGUCAGCUGGUGGUGACGUGGAAAGAUAUGCGACAGCUAGUGCUGGCCAUCCGAGCCAUUCUCUCUUCCACCCUUGGCUCCAGGCGACCUCUUCUCUCGCUACCUUCUACCCUGCCCUCCCUGGUAGCAUCGGAAUCGCCUGCAGCAGUGGCAGCAUCUGCGGCGCUCCUGUCGUCGCCUGACCUCCUCUCGGUGGUCCGGGAGGCUGCUGCUGCGGUCCCUCCAGGCCAGGUGCCGAGCCUGCUGCUUAGCUUCGGGGAGGAGCAGGUUAUGCUGGUGGUUGGUUGGGAGGGUGACACUGAGGGAGGGAGAAAGAAAGAGGAAAUGGAGGGUGUGGGAUGGGGCGAGGAGGAGAAACAGAAGGGGAGGAAGGCAAAGAAGGGGAAGGCUGACCAGGUGGUUUCUCAGGUGAAAAAUCAGAUGCAGGGAGCACAGGAUAGGCUCACCUGGGCGGCUUCCAGCUUCGUUGCUACAGUGCUCCGCAGCCUGCCUGUUGCACUGGGAACCGCCAUCCAGGUGGACGGCAACGUCUGUCGUCUAGUGCAGUCCCUUGGGCGCCUCUCGUUCCCGCUCCCGCUCGAUCCUGCUGUAAGCGUGCCAGGCUCGUCAGAAACUGGCUCGGCAGAGUUAGGUUCGGCAGGGACAGGUUCGGCAGGGGAGGUUGCUGGAGCUGCUGCUUUGGAGCAGCCUGCUUCCAGAUGGCGGUUUGUGAUUGGCUGGCUGAACCGAGUGAUGAAUGGAAAGGCAGAGGAGGAACAAGAGCAGCAGCAGGACGAAGAGGAUCAGCAAGGGGAGGAAAGCAGAGAGCUGCUUCGGCUGCGCUUCCUGACCCUCUCUGCUGCUACCACUGCCCUCUCCUCCCUCUCCCCGGUGCUGCCUCUGGGUGCGAGCAGUGCGGGUGGUAAGAGUGGCGGACUGUGGGGAGAGACGGAGGCAGCAGCAGAGGCGGGGAAGGGGAGGAAGAAGGUGAAGCGGGGAGGAGCAGAGGGAGCGCGGGGUGUGGGGGAAGAUGGAGCGGUGGGGAGUGGUGUUGGUGCGCUGGCUGCUGCUGUUGCCCAUGAGCUGUCGUUCGGGUGUGUGGGGGCGGGAGAGGGGCGGAGCCGGUGGGUGGUGAUGGGGAGAGAAACAGGCGGGAAAGGGGACGCCGGAGCAGGAAGGAAGGAGGAAAAGCACGAGGGAAGCGAUAGGGAGUUUGUGCUGCUGCUGCUCGCCCUCGCUGCUAGGGAGGUGCUUGGUGGUGCAGGAGGUGUUAAGGAGGUGGCGGGGGGUGCAGAAGGGAGGGCUGUGGCGGCGCUACGGAAUCCUGUGUUCUUCGAGAUUGAGGUGAGUGGCGUCUGGUUUGAUGGGUCCCCUCUGUCCUCCCUUGCUGCCUCCUCUGCUCUCCCUCUCUGGAUCCCCCGCUGCCCCUCUGGUGGUUUGAGAGGGACGGCUGUGGCGGCUUUGAGGUCGUUUUUGAGGCGCCUCAAAAUCGUCCCCGCUGCCCUCUGGUGGUUUGAGAGGGACGGCUGUGGCGGCUCUGGCGGCGCUGCGGAAUUCCGUGUUCUAGAUCAGAAUCACCCUUCUCCGUUUUCUCUCCCUCCACCAAUCCCUCUCUCAUCCCUCGCCUUCCGAACCAAGUUGCCCCGAGCCUGGUCUGGUCUGGUGCCGAAGCUGCUACCAUGGCUGGUGGUAGGCUCGGUGGGAGCAGGUGCUGUGAAGCGAUGGGAACAGCAGGAGGGACGGAAAGGGGAGGAGAUGGCAUGGGCUGGGGGGGCAUUGCGGGAGGGUGGAGGGGCAGUGCGAGAUGGGGGAGGAAUGGGGGAUGGGGAGGCAUGGGAAGCGAUGGAAUGGGUUGGGGUGGCCAUGGGGGGUGGGGAGGCAUUGGGGGUUGAGGAAUCAUGGGAAGCGAUGGUGGCGGCGAGUGGAGCAGCAGUGGGCAUGGCAGUGCAUGCAGUCAUGAUGGAUGGUGGGGAGGAGGGGAGCAAGGAGAGGGGCGAGGAGGAAGGCAAGAAUUCAGAAGGGAGGGAAGAAGCUAUGGAUGAUGCAGAUGAUGCGGAUGGUGCGGAUGGUGUGGAUGGUGCGGAUGGUGUGGAUGGUGCAGGUACAGAUGUGGAUACUGCCAUCGCCCGUCUGUCUCGCUCCCAUCCCGAGACUGCCACAGCUCUCAUCUCCUCCGUUGAGAUCCUCGCCUGGGUCCCCCGCUGCAACCCCACUCCUACUGCUGCUGCAUCAGCUGUAACAGCUGUAGCAACAGCAGCACCAGCAUCUGUAGCACCAGCUGCUGCUGCUGCUGCGGAGGCGUCUGCAGCGGCUGUAGCGGCGGCUGUGAGCUCGGGAGCGCUGUGGGAGAUGGCAGCUGUAGCAGACGGAUUGAGCCAUGCUGGCGAUGAGUUAGCAGCACCGGCUGUAGCGCGUGCUACAGUGGGUUCGGCUACAGCUGUUGGUGAGGUGGGCAGUGAAGGGUCAUUGCUGGCACGAUGGGGUGGUAAGAUCCCUGCCACGUGGCGUGCUCUAAUUGGCUGCCUGGAGCCUGCUGUUGAAGGGGCGUUGAGGGGGAUGCUGGGGGAGAGUGAGAAGGGGAGAGAGGAGGGAGGAGGAGAAGGAGAGGAAAAGGAGGUGGGAGGAGAAUACAUGGAGGAUGGUUUGGAUUGGCUGCCGCUGCAUGGACUGGGGUUUGAUGUGGCUAAGGAUGGUGGUUUGGAUGCUGUGCGUGGUGGGGAUGUUGGUGGUGAUGGGGAUGGUAUUGGUGAUGUGAAGGGGAUAGGUGGGGAUAGGGUGGAGGAAGAUGAGGAGGUGAGUGAUAAAGAGGAGAGCGAGGAAGAGGAAAGUGAGGCUGAGGACGAUGAUGGUGAGGAGAAUGAGAGUGAGGACAGUAAGGAAGAGAGUGAAGAAGAGGAGGGUGAGGAAGAGAGUGAAGAAGAAAGUGAGGAAGAGAGUGAGGGGAGUGAGGAGAGUGAGGAGAGUGAGGAGGAGAGUGAGGAGGAGACUGGGGAUGAGAUGGAAGUGGAUGGAGAUGCAAGUGCCAGCAAGCGGGGGAAGAAGCCACGUCCCCAGUCACCUUUGAGUCGACUCAAACGUCCCCAGUCACCUUCCAAGACAGAGAGAGGAGCAGCAGGAGGAGCAGGAGAAGUGGGACGAAGAGGAGAAGGUGCAGAGUGGGAGGAGAGCUGGUUACGCAGUUACCACCUUCCAGACUCACAGAAACACGCCCUCCGUCGCCUCCUUACAAGCGCAUCCGACUGUGUCACAGCAGCCCACCUGUUCUCUGCUGCCGCUGCUGCGCUGCAUCUCAGGUGCGCCCUAGUCAUGACCGAGGGGGAUAAGGAACCGCCCAGAGAAGGUGGAAUGGAGAAGGCGGCACAGUCGGCUCAAGAGGGAGGAAACGGGCUUGGGAGAAGAAAAGAGAGGAGGGGAAAACGGGGUGCACAGGUGAAGGGAGAGGAGGAGGGAGGGGAGGAGCAUGAGGAGGAGAAAGAGAAGGAGCAAGAGGAGGAGGAGGAGGAAGAGGAGCGGAGAGUUGUGGGAGGAGAGCAGCUAGAAGCACAGAAGAGGUACGUCCUGUCGCGUGCGUUUGUUGAGAGCGCCGUGCAGCCCAGGCUUGCGUCCGCCCUCUUCAUUCUCCACCACGCCUCCCUGCUGCUGCGAGUGGAUGCCCAAGCGGCACCUCCAACGCCCUCUUCUGAACUCGCCACAGCUGCCGCAGCUGCCGCAGCUGUCACAGCUGUCACAGCUGUCACAGCUGCUACAGCUGCUACAGCUGCUGCAGUGUCCACAGGAGUGGCGGCACCGGGACCGAAAGAAGCAGGUGGUGGUUCUGCCUCAGUCCCAGCUGUGCUGCGCUCUGCAGCGCCUCUCCUCCUGGCGGUGCUGCAAUUCACACAGGUCGCUGGCACGCGCAUGCUUCGCUGCGUAUCUCCCCACCCCCCCGCCUCCGCCUUCCGGCGAAUCGUGCGAGUCCACCUGGCGCUCCUCUCCGCCCUCUCCUUACAGUCACAGUCACUGUCACUUUCUGCAGGAUCAGCAGCAGCGGAAGUAGAGGCAGCACGGCAAGUGGUGGCGUCGCUGGUGCAAGCCACAGACGGGGCGUUGAAGCAGUUUGUGCAGUGGGCGUGGCACGGGUGGGUGGCAGUGGUCUUCCGCACCUGCAGGCACGAGCUCGCCUUGCACGUGGAGGGGGGCGCUGGAGGAGGGUGGGCAGGGCUGGGAGAAGGGGAAAGGGGAGGCGAGAGGGGAGAGGAGAGAGGAGAGGCGAGGCUGCAGGCGAGGGCUGGGGCCAGCGGGCAAAGCACGUAUAUCAAGGGGAGUGCUGCUCAUGCAGAAGGGGACCUCUCAACGGAGUUUGGCAGCUCAGCAGGAUUGGAGAACGGUCCAAUAGGGUUGGAUGCGGUGGCAGUGCUGGCAGAGAAGCUCAUUCACAGCUGCCCCAGCGGCCAGUCGCUGCACUUCCUUGCUGCCCGCUCGCCCCUCCUCGCCUCCCUACUCUUCAAAGCCAUUACCUCCUACACACACUCUCAUCUCUAUCCAUCCUCCGACUCCUCCGCCUUUCACGUGCCCUCGGUACCCGCACUCGCUCCCUCACUCUUUCCUUGGCUCAACCUCUCACCCGCUCCUUCCAUUACUCCUGCCAGUUUUUUCACCAUCUGCCAUCACAGCCUGUCAGCUCUCACGACUCUCGCUGCCCGGAGCGCAAUUUUCCCUUUUCGGGCAGGCCACGUCAGCCUGGGUCUCGCCUGCCCGAACCUCAUUCUGCCCUCCAUUGCAGCUUCUCCUGAUUCGCUCGUUGGCAUGGGCCUGGGCGAACGGGCGGCGUUGUUUGUUGGUUUCUGCCAGCUGCUUUGUGCUAUCAUUCCCACGGCUGCCAGCUGUGCGCUGUGGCUGAGACGGGUGUAUGAUGAGGUAUCGGAGCAGCGUACCACGCUCAGCAAGAUCUGUCCGCUGCUAUUGGCAGACUACAUCAUCGCCAUCACCACCACUGCCACCGUCGCCACCGCCUCACCCACCACUCCAGCAGCAGCUCUGCUCCAGCAGCUUCAGUCGCCCUUCACCACUGCUAGCUUCGAUCCCAUCAGCCCUGGAGCUGGUGUUGGUCAGCAGAGCAACCAACAGCAGCAGCAGGUUAUCGGAUUGCCCAGCACUGUGGAAGCAGCGUUGGAGCCAGGGGCGUUCGCGCUUAUGGAUGUGUGCGCACCGCACGACCUGCAGUUCCUGCACAUGGCGCUCGGAUCAGUGUCUCCUUUAUCCUCCCCUUCACCGUAUUAUCCCCCUGCAGGUCAUUCCCGAAGGGCCGCUCUUGCCCGCUUGAAGCAAAGCUAUGACGAAUCUUACAAGUACGAGGGCAAGGUGUAG